AUGGUACUGCGAGCCGCAUGCAGCAUCGAGGCGAGCACAUUCUCCAAUGGCGUACGGAUCACCGACCGGGAAGGAAGAACGCCGGACGUCGCCGCGACGGAAGCGUCCGUGGACCGCGUAGAGUCGCGUACAGUGAACGAGGGGCGUGGGAACGCGAGAUUCUCCCUGUUCAAAUGGUUUAAACGGUCCGGUAAUCGGGACUCGAGCGCGGAGAAGAGGCGGAAAACGAUCGGGAGAUACGCGGAGGGAGGCGAGAAAGAAGGGCGGCAAAGAAGCGUCUCGUCGAGCGUGGAGAGCGUGGACACGUUCUACAGCACGACGACAGUGCGCAGUUUCGCGUUUCACACCGGCACUCUGGGCGGGUGCAAUGGAUUGUCGUUAGACGUGUUGGAACAGGCGGCCGAGGUCGGCCCGUUCGCGGCCGGAGCCUCGAAACUCGCGGUUCGAAACAAAGAGAACGAGUUGGCGUCCACGUUGCCCGCCAACGUUCACAGAAGAGACAUAACGGCCAGAUACUCCCUGCAACCCUCGACCACGUUCAACUCCUGCGGCAAUCUAUCUCCCCAUCCCGAUCGAAUCCCCUUGUUGGAAUCUCUGGAGAGGUUGGACGAGCGGAGGGCUCGUUACGCCGUCAACUCGUCGACGCGUAGACGGGUGCACGUGAAAGGGAAGCGGCGAGCGCCUAAUCCUCCCGCGAGCUCGAUCAAGGCAACGGAGGUAGAUGCACGGGAAACACCGAGGAACAGUAGCAGGCGAAAGCGACGCGCGCCGAAACCGCCUGAGAAGAUCGUGGACGAGCGUGAUUCGGGUGGGAAGAAGUGGGAGGAUCGGGUUACCGAUGGCGGAAUGGACGCGAGGGAAACGCGGCCGGACACCGAGGACGUGCAGACUCUGAGCAACGACACGUUGGUCCUUCAAGGGGGCGUUCUAUUGUCGAAACGGGAGAUAAAACGGGAGGCGAAGAGCACGAGGGACACGAGUGCCGGCUCGUCGGACACGGCCAUUCUCCACGAGAGCCAGAGUGCGGCGGCCACCGUUGGAACUUUGAGCGCAGCCAUGCCACGACCUUGGUACAAACGGAGCGUCUUCGAACAUUCUCGGGAUUCCGGUGCGUCGAGGAGGGGCGAUGUCCUCCGAGCUCCGACAAGCUCGACGAUCGAAAUAAAAGAAGAAUGCGGUGCCACGAACACGACCAUCACCACCACCACCACCACCACCACCACCACUUCCACCGGUUAUUCCGUGGACGCGUCUUUGUCCAGGUUGAGCUUCUUUCAUCGAGGUGGAAGCCAAGCCGAGGACAGAAAAAGGGAGGCGAAGCGAAGAUCGGGCCUCUCGAUUCUCACCAACAUCAGCGAGCUGGACAAAGAAGCGGCCGCGAUCGUUCAGGAGGAACAGGCGCGCGCCAGGGCCUCGAUGCUGUUCAACUCGUCGAGAUUCGUGGACGCGUUCGAGAAGAGGAGCGACGCGAACGAGGAGCUCGUUCAAGACAUCGUCACGUCGGCGAUGGAGAGUUCGUCGCCCAGGCGUGGCACCAGGGCUCUCAUCUCCAAGUUCAACGCCAUCAGCAAUAUCACCAAGGUCACGGUGAAUUCCAAUUUCUUCGCGAGGAACGCGAGGGAUCAACAACAACCGGGGAAAUUCGAGCGGGACGCGACGAGGAACGCCAAGAUCUUCGAGCGUGGCAACGAUUGGAAGGAUCAUCCGAGAUUUUCCGUUCAGUCUGCCAGCGGGCAAACUGGCCACGUCGAGAAAGACAUCUCUAGAUAUUUUCCACCGCAGCAGAAGGCGGCCAAAAGCAGCAGGGUGGUGGAGAACAGGGAAAUGGGUGGUAAGAUUUCGGGGACAAAGAGUGGGCCGAGCAAGGAGCACAACGAUAAAUUGGCCAGUGAAACUUCCAACAGAAUAUCGUUCCUGCAGAGUCAAUUGGCCGCGAAUCGUACGAGCGAUCACAUCCUUCGAAAGGAUAGCUGUGCGACGGAGGAAAAAAUUAGAUCGAAACAUGAAGGUGGCGAGAAGAGAGAGAAGGAGACGAAAACGAGUAACGAGGAUCUACGAAGAUACUUGUUCCCUCGCAAUUCCGCGGAGGCGAGGGAACGCGUUGCGUCGAGCAUCUUUGACGAGCCAAGAAAGUUGAACAAGCAACAACGUCUGGACGGUGUGCAGAAAGAAUUUUCCGAUAUAUUCGACGAGAUCGACAAACAGCUACGCAUGAAAGAAUUCAAAUUUAUCGAUAGGAGGUCGUUGCUCGAGAGCGCGACACCCACUAAUCAGAGAAAUAAAGUUGGCGAGGAGGAAGCCGGAAUAUCAAGUAAGGUAACUAAAGUGCUCGAUAUCCUGGUCGAGGCGGAGAAAGACGCUAAGACAAAGAGCGGCGCGCCGCCGGAAAAAUCGAUAAUCCUCGAGGACACCUCUCGUCCGAUCGAACCGAACGUGAAAACGAAAUCGGGUAAUAGCGGUAGGUCGCCGUUAUUGAACACCAUCGAGGAUCCAAUUACGACGGAUUUAAAGGAGAUGUUGAAGGAAAUGAAACACUCGUUACCGAAGCGUUCGAAACCCGGCAAAAUUGUGACACGUAACGCCGACGUGACGGAGAAACCGGUCGUGGAGAAAGAAACGGUUAACGUUCCGGAUCCUGGCAAGACCAGGUAUUUCGUUUCCGCGGUAACGAAAGUCGAGAAUAUAACGGUGCCAAACGAUUACGAGCUGGACAAACAAAAGGUGUCGUGCUCGGUACAAACUAGCGGAAAUAUACGAAGAUUGAAUCAACCGACUACGUCUGUGGAACAACCGUCCACCUCGGGUUGGAAGCAGGAAAACGUGCUCUACAAAACGUCCGGGAAAAGCUUGGCUAGUUCCGGUUUGAAGAAUACAUUUCAGUUGAUACGACCCCGAGAUUUUGCUGAAAUCGAAGCGACAAAAACGACGAGGACCGCGCUCAACGAGAACACUUACGCCAAUGUGAUCGAGCAAUCCAUCUACGCGAAUGCACACGUCCCCCCUCCCUCUCCUAAACCACGUUCUAAUUCCUCGCAGCCAACCAACGUUACGAAAAUUGAUAAUAACACCGGUCAAGCAUCGAAAGCCUCACCCACGAUUCAACGAAAAUUUUCUACACAGGAAGAUACGUUGGAGGAUAGCGGGGAGGAAGAUGACAAUUCAGCGGAAAAAAAUAUGAACACGCUGGCCAUAAACCGAUUACUCAGAAAGUUGGAAGCGGCAAUCGCGUCUGGCCACCAUCAACAAGCGGCAGGUUUGGCGAAGGAGCUAGCACGGCUUAAAAUUCAUUGUUCCGUGAUUCGACAACGAUCAGCUCGUCUCAAAGAUCAGUUGAUUAAAGUCAAUAUGUACAUAGAAGACAAGCUUGCCCACCAGGGACCGAUACCCCUUCAGCUGCCGAGCAGGAUGACGGUGGCCGAGUUGAAAGCGAAAAUACAUACGGAAUUCGAAAUACCGACCAAUGUGCAACGAUGGAUCAUAGGUAAAAAUUUAGCAGAUCGCGAUGAAGCGAGUCUGAACGAAUUGCAGGCUGUUAAUGGAUCUCCGGUAUUCUUAUAUCUCGUUGCCCCAGAAUUAAGAUCUGAAAGUGUCGUACAAAUUGAAAAAAGUAGCGGUACAGAGGAAAUACCAAAUGUGCCAAACGAUGACACGAGCACAUCUACAGAAGUACUGCAGAUUGUGGAGCAAGAUCACGAAGAAGUCGAAGAAGAACCUCAGGAGAUAGAGGAGAGAAACACACCAGUGGAAGUGAAAAUGGACAGGUACGAAGAGUUAAUUUCUUUGGAAAACUGCGAUGUUAUACCGAACUCCGAACCGAUCGAAUGUCCCGUAUGCUUUGUUACAUACGGCCCUCGUGAAGGAGUUAUCUUGAGGGAUUGCUUACAUAUGUUCUGCAGAUCAUGUAUUGCUAAUACGAUUCGAUACUGCGAAGAAGCCGAAGUGAAAUGUCCUUAUAGAGACUCGGAAUACACUUGUGAGUCCACUCUCCAAGAACGUGAAAUUAAAGCUCUCGUCGAACCAGAAGUUUACCAGCAACAUUUAGCCAAAUCGAUCGCUCAAGCGGAAAACAAUGCUGGAAACAACGCGUUCCACUGUAAAACUCCGGACUGCCCUGGCUGGUGCAUCUACGACGACGAUGUGAACAACUUUCUUUGCCCCGUGUGUGGUGCAAACAAUUGUCUCACUUGCCAGGCUAUUCAUACUGGGAAAAAUUGUAAACAAUACCAACAAGAAUUGAGAUUAUCGAAGGAAACGGAUCAAGAAUCACGAAGAACUGCCGAGAUGUUGGAGGAAAUGGUAGAUAGGGGUGAAGCACUCGCGUGUCCCACAUGCGCUGUUGUUUUGAUGAAAAAAUGGGGUUGCGAUUGGUUGCGUUGUUCAAUGUGCAAGACCGAGAUAUGCUGGGUAACGAGAGGUCCACGUUGGGGACCUGCAGGAAAAGGGGACACAUCCGGAGGCUGUAGAUGCGGAGAAAACGGAGUCAAGUGUCAUCCUCGUUGCAAUUACUGUCACUGAGAACUAUCAAGAGAUACAAUUACCGCAACGAUGCACGACGGAUGGAUGGAAUGGAAGAAAAGAAGUGCAAAUACACCAUGGAUCAAAAUAUUUUUAUACCAUUAUCAGUGUCCCCGUAUAUCGGGAUGAAUCACUAGUCCGAGCAUCAAAUGGCUUGAUAUAUUAUAAUAACGAGUUUUGAUAAUCGAUAAAGUUGAUACUGAUAAGUUACAUUACGUAUACGUCGUACAUACGCUGCUUGCUCAACGAUUAACCUUAUCGCGGAACCGUCCUUCAUGGAAUUGGAAAAUGAUUGAAAGUAAUAAAGAGGCAGACACCUCAGUUUUCAACGA